AUGGCGGAAGAGACAUCACGUCCCCUCAUCGUCGGCCCCGACUCUGGUCCCGAGGCCCCCUUCCCGCUCAAGAUGGAGGGCAAGGUCAUCUCGGGCUUCGGUCGCGGAUCCAAGGAACAGCGCAAGUCUGACCCGCCAAAGCUGGGCAUCCCAACCGCCAACCUGCCCGUCGACUCCUCGCAGACGCCCUGGAUCGACGACACAAAGUCGGGCGUCUACUUCGGCUGGGCCUCCCUCGCCCUCCCCGCCUCGCACCCGGACCGCGUCGCCGCCGGCCACGGCCCCGCCCAGCCCACGCUCGAGUUCCAGCUGUACCCCAUGGUCAUGUCCAUCGGCUACAACCCCUUCUACAAGAACACCGUCCGCUCCGCCGAGGUGCACGUCCUGCACAAGUUCGCCGCCGACUUUUACGACUCCCAUAUGCGCCUGCUCAUCCUCGGCUUCGUCCGCGAGGAGAAGGACUACAAGUCGCUCGACGCCCUCAUCAAGGACAUCAACCUCGACUGCGAUGUUGCGAGGGGCUCGCUCGACAGGCCCGCCUGGGCGCCCCCUGCCGAGCUGCGCCCCGGCGCCGACAAGGCCGGCACGCUGGACGCGGGCUGGCUGGUGGAGCCCCUGCCCAAGAACUAG